CAGGUGUCAGUUUUCAGUUGAUGCUGAUGCUGCAGAUUUGCGCGGGAGGGGCGAUGCCGUGACGUCACGGGGGGGGGGAGAGCCGAGGAGAGAAGAGAGAACAGGGGAAGACCGGAGGAGCACGAUAAAAGCUGAGAAAUGACUGCGCCAGAAAGGACGAAAAAGGACGAAACGUUAAACAGCAGCGUUAACAUGAUGUGCCGUUCCGUCUGCUGUUUGCAAACCAGUAAUGCAUGAAGAGCAUCCCGGAUAAAGUGUGAUCAGAAUGUUAUCUCCUGGAAUGGGCACCUCGAGCGACCCCCUGUUGUCCAGUCCUGUAGGGGGGAAGUUCGGGACUGCCCAGGAUGGCACUUGGAGACCCACUCUGUCCAAGACGUCCAGUUUCCCAUCGUCCACCACACGGCACCUCAGUCACAGAGCCAACAACUUCCAGAGGCACCCGAAGAGACGGAAACUGAUCAGACCGUCUCCGCCACCGCCGCCAAACACUCCGUGCCCCCUGGAACAGCUGGACCUGAGCGAGCUGCCUCCGAGACGCACUUUCCCCGAGCUUCUCUUCAACGGAUGCAUUUUGUUUGGUAUCGAGUUCAGCUACGCGAUGGAGACGGCGUACGUUACUCCUGUGUUACUUCAGAUGGGGCUGCCCGACCAGUUCUACAGUCUUGUGUGGUUCAUCAGUCCAAUUUUAGGAUUCCUACUGCAACCAAUUCUUGGGGCAUGGAGUGACCGAUGUACGUCUCGCUUUGGCCGCAGGAGACCUUUUAUUUUUGCCCUGGCGAUAGGGGCUCUGAUGGGGCUAACACUGGUGCUGAAUGGAAGGGACAUUGGAUCAGCUCUGGCAGACACAACCCUCGAUCACAAGUGGGGCAUCGUGCUGACGGUGUGCGGCGUGGUUCUGAUGGACUUCAGUGCGGACUCAGCUGACAACCCCAGUCAUGCGUACAUGAUGGACGUGUGUAGCCCAGAGGACCAAGACCGAGGUCUAAAUAUACAUGCUCUUCUGGCAGGCCUUGGAGGUGGGUUUGGUUACAUUGUGGGUGGCAUUAACUGGGACAAAACUGAGUUCGGAAGGUCAAUGGGUGGCCAGCUCCGGGUCAUAUACCUGUUCACCAGUAUCACCCUCGCCGCCACCACGGCCAUGACCCUCACGAGUAUUCCUGAGCGACCUCUACCCCAGUCCCAGCCUCAAACGAGAAGCGGCCAGAACCUCAAGAGCCCCAAUUUCCCUCUGCCGCCCUCCCCACCGCCGCCUCCUGGAGCUGCUGCAGACCAGGACGAUGAGGACGAGGAGGAAGCCCUAUAUAACAGCCAGUUCUCCAACUGCCGCUACCAGGAUCCACUGGGUCGCUCGAGCAGCGCCAACGCACGUCUCUACGCAGGCCUCACCAGCCCCAUCUCCCCUAUCAGUCCUUUGACACCCAAAUACGGCAGCUUCAUCAGUCGGGAUAACUCGCUCACAGGCAUUAAUGAGUUUGCUUCCUCUUUAGGCACCUCCUACAUAGACAGAGUAUUGAUUGAAUGCUACACCGGACAGCAGACUCCUCAGCCAUUAGAACCGGAGGCGGUGGCUCCGCCUCUGCCACCAGGAGACACGCCCCCUCCUCAAGGGCAAAGUGAAACGCCUGGUGAAAAUGAAGUUGCACAGCAAAACAAACUCUCACAGCCUAACGGAGAGUUGCUGGCGACUGAAGCGUUGCAAGCUAAUGAGCAAAAACAAGCCAUUGAACCUGCCGACCAGCCUAAUGAGGCCGUGGCGGGGUCACAGCGAGGCAGUACCUCAGGGAUACUGAAGCGCCCCCAGAGUCUGGCCUUAAUGGAGGACCCGAUAAUUACUCCAAGUGGUGGCUUGGACAACGGUCGUAGACGCACUGUCACUUUCAGUCAACAGGUGGCAAAUAUAUUGCUGAAUGGAAUGCGCUAUGACAGUGACCUCGGUGGCAGCCAUGAAGGAGCAGACUCUCAGAUGUCAAUCAAGCUGCUCUGUACUGCCAUCUGCAGGAUGCCUCCAUGUUUACGAAGCCUGUGCACCAACCAUUUCCUGGGUUGGUUAUCGUUUGAGGGGAUGCUGCUCUUCUACACCGACUUCAUGGGGGAGGUUGUGUUUGGUGGAGACCCAAAGGCUCACCACGAUUCAGAGGAGUACAAACGCUACAAUUCGGGCGUCACCAUGGGCUGCUGGGGGAUGUGCAUCUAUGCAUUUAGUGCUGCUUUUUAUUCAGCCAUUCUUGAGAAGCUGGAGGAGCGCUUCUCAUUGCGUUCACUGUAUUUUUUUGCCUAUCUGGCCUUUGGUUUGGGCACAGGGCUGGCCACUCUCUCCACCAACCUGUAUGUGCUGCUGUCUCUCUGCGUCACCUACGGAGUUCUCUUCUCCUCUCUCUGUACGCUGCCUUACUCUCUGCUCUGUGAAUACUACCAGAGCCCACAGUUCUGCGGCUCAUCAGAGAACGGGACCAGGCGAGGGAUGGGGGUGGACAUCUCCCUGCUCAGCUGUCAGUACUUCCUGGCACAAAUCCUGGUUUCCGUGGCGAUGGGCCCACUGACAACGCUGGUGGGUGGGGCCCAGGGCGUGAUGUACUUUUCAAGUCUGAUGUCAUUUGUGGGGUGCCUGUACUCCUCACUGUGUGUGGUGUACCAUCUGCCAGCACCCGAGGGUGAGCCUCCCCAGAGUGAGACCCAGCCACUACUGGUGCACAUUUAGAUCUGUUCUCUCACACCGAACACACACACACCGGGUCCAAAAUUAACACUCCAUCAGCACCACACGAGUUACCAGACAGUUGUUUGGUAGCUGUCUUGAUUUGCAACAUAACAUAAACCAUGAUGUAAGAACGAUAGUCUAAAGCUCUUUGAUAUCCAAGAAUCAAAGCAGAGAAAUUCCAACAGUCCUCUAAAUAAAAGAUCAGUGACUGUUGUGUAUCUUCAAACACCUUUUACCCUAGUGGAAAACUUGCUGUCAGAUGUUUAUAGGAAGCCAAAUGUUUUCACUUCAGUACACUAUAGACAACACUACAGAGAAAUUUCACCAAAACUAAAUUUUGAGGAACAGAACCACGUUUUUGUAACCAUUUUCAUAUAUGACGCAAAUAUGUAAGGGAUAAAGGGAUGUUUUUCUUCAAAAGUACAAAAAUAUACAUACAUUAGGGUCCUUAAGUCUGAGACCACAUUGAAAUUUCUAUUUUUUUCCCCCAUAAAAAUAAAGUUUUAAGAUUUAGGACACAUACAUACAGUAUAUACAGUAAAUAUAACUUUGUUUAUUUUUACAUGAAAAACUGUUUGUUUUUCCCAAUGU